UCCAUAUAUGGCUCAAACACUCUUACGUUAAGAAUGAAUCUAUGCUUAAAAUAAUCCGAGUCUACAUGUAUCGUAUUCUUAAUACGUGAAUAUAAAUCGGUGGCUAUGAUCAAACGUCUAUUUCUGCAAAUUUCCGAUUUGGGUAAUUUCUAAAUUCAUUUUUAACCAAUCCCGAGCGUCUACCCUCUACAAAUAUUCACUGCAGAGCAUUCUCUUAAUCAGACAGAGGGAGUCUUAGGUGGCCGUAUUCGUUAAAUUUGACGUUGUUUCUACUUAUAUUAUCAAAAUGUCGUCCGGAGUCUUGGUGAAGGACGAGUGUACACAAGUGUUUGAGGAGAUCAAGAUAGGACACAAGUAUAGCUACAUCAUCUACAAGAUCGCCAAGGACAACAAACUCAUUGAGGUCGACUGUGUAGGAAAAUUAGGAGAAUCGUAUGAUAAUUUCGUAGAGAAGUUGAUUCAAGCCGGUAACAAUAAGGAGGGACGUUACGCUGUUGUCGACUGCCUAUAUGACAAGACCAAGGCUAGUAAAUUGGUCUUCAUUAUGUGGCUGCCAGACGAUCAGCUAGGCAUCAAACAGAAAAUGUUGUACACAUCGAGUAAACGUGCUCUCAGGGAGAAGUUAAACGGUAUCGCAAAGGAACUUCAGUGUAACGACACAGAUGAUCUCGCCUGGUCUAGUAUCGUAGAAAAAUGCUCGAGCAAGUACGACUAAUGGGCGGAAGAGGACGUUAUUUUUAUUUAGUGACUUUUAAUAUUAAAGGGUGGCAUUUGAUGAGAUGGGCAUUAUAUAUCGGCUCAUUCAUUUUUUUGUAGAAUUUAUUACAAUGCCAAUCCACUUCUGCUUAAAAUUCCUUGAGAUUUGCAUAUGGUAGAUUCUAAUUAACAAAAAUUCCAAUAGAUUUGUUGAUGAAAUAUAAAAGUAGAAUUUGUAAUGGGUUUACCCACUACAAUAUAACAUAUUGUCAUUGCUUAUAUUAAACUCAUGCUUGCUCAUAAUAUAAAGGGGCCUUUCAUAAACUAGCGUGAUUUACUGACCUGCAGACCUGUUAUAAAAUGAAUUAAAUGAAUUGUGUUCGUAUUUAAAAAAAGGGAUACUUAAAGUGAUUAUGUUUAAUUUUGUUAACCUGGUUUUAAACUAUUUAAUGUUGUAUGUAGGCUAAUUACCCAUGGGUAGUAACAUAUCAUGCUGGUUUACAUAUAUUCCAUUUGACAUACUCAGCUAUGUUAUGACGUGUAAUUUUACACAUCCUAAAUAAGGGAAAAAAUCUAAAUAUACAUUGGUUUUGUUAUAAUGUUUCUCGAUGGGUAAUGGUUUUCUUAUGUAAUUCUGUGAAAUCUAUUUACACAAUCUUCAAUGCAAAGCUUGUUCAAUUUACUGCUUUCUAUUAGUUACAACACUUGUAUUAACUUUAUCUCACGAAUACAUUGUUGUGCUCCCAUUUAAAUGUUCUGGAGAUUGUUAUUUCCAAAGAAUAUUACUCAUAUAUGUUUUAAGACAAGUUAAGCAAAUGAUCGAAUGAGCUAAUUAUUAUUAAAUUUACUUUUAAAUCAUCAUAAAAUGAAAAUACAUUAACGGUGAUUUAAAAAAAUAACUGCUGUUAAUGCUGUUGAAUUGUUCAACAAAGCUUAUUGCAAUUUACGUUGCACACGUUUUUAUGUCUCAAUUUUUGCAUGCUUGAAAUAUACCUUAGUUACGGUCACAUUUUUGUGUGUUUCACACAAAUAUAGAUGAAGAACAUUUUAUGUAUGUAUGUGUUUCAAUGUGUACAUACAGUUGUAUGAAUGAAGUUCUUUUAUAGAGUGAAUAUUUCAACUUGAGUAAGUUAAGUAAGUAUUCAAUAUUUGGAACUUUCAUCUAUAUUCUUAAUUAGUGCCUUUAAAUUUAAGUCUUAAAAUAUGCAAAUAGACCAAUCAAAUUUGAUGAUAACGAAUGUUAAGAACCAGAGCAGUAAACUUAAAUUGGAAUUGGUAAUCAUAUGUUUCAUCCUGUUAGAAAAUGUAGAUGUUGGUGAAUAAAGGAUGUUUAACUUC